AUGGAAGACCUGGGGCAGAUGCCACGUGGCAGCACGGUGGGGGCUGUGCCCGUGCAGACCUCCUACUGGAUGAUUAGUGACUUUGCGCGCCCCCGCUCUGAGACGGGAGACCUUAUCAUCGUUGACGAGCGAUGGCGCUCCGCAGCCGUGCCGCUCCGCAUCCGGUGCGCCUCCGACCCGCCCGCGCGCGCGCGCGCGCUCUCCGUGCUCCCCGUCAACGACCGCUCCCGCGCGUUCUCCGACGGCGUGCUCCUCAUAUCUCGGCACCAACGCUCGAAGCAGUCCUUCGCGGUACGAACCACGAGCGGGCCUUUGCGGGGUUACUGGGACAAACCCGAAACCGAAACCAGGCAAAAUCCGGCGAAAGGGUUUGCCGGAGCGGCAGAACAGCAGGGUUUGGUGGGGAAAGGGCCGGUUAGCGAGAGCGAAGCAGGGGGUAAUGGGGCAGAGUUUGCACAGCACGGACGCUGGCCCGGUUUGGUAAACAUCACCCCCCCAGGGCCGAUUUAUGAGCUGGGAAGAGACAAAAAGGCCGUCAAAGCGUUGAAGCGAAAGCGGGCCGGUGAUGCGAUCAGGAAAGAGGAGUUGAGGCCUCUCCCAGGACGCUUCCACGUGGCGAUGUCUCCGAAUGCCAUGCGAGGAAAACUAAAAGCGCCCAGACGAGCGGCGCUCUACGUGCAUCCGCGGUCACCAACAGUCGGCGCACUUCAACAAGAGCUUCAGGAAGUGGCGAAUAAAGAUCCUACCUCCUUUGAGGCUUACGUCAUCAAGGCUCUCUGGCCUGACAAAGUCGCGCAGCUGCAAACAUUCCCAGGCGUCGAGCUUGAACGUUUCGAUGUCGAUGACAUCGGCCCUACCGGCUCCCUUUUUCCGGCCGGGAAAAAGCUCCGGGCUAAUGAGAGUGGGUAUGUAGGAGGGUUAGAAAACGUCGGGGGAUCCCCCGGGCUGGGACUAAACCGAAGAGACGAACCUGGGGUUAGAGAAGCACGUGGGCGGGUUGCACCCGGGUUAGCGAGCACAAAACAUUUAGCGGGGGGAGAGGGGGUGGAGGCGUCACUCGACGAGGAGUCGUGGGCGGGUCACGGGGAGAGCUUCUCGUUCGAUGAAGGGGAUCCCUUUGGAUUUGCUCCACACGCGGUCACCGAAUCCGGGCCAACAGAGCCCCUUACGCCGCUCGGGUUGUUCUCGCACGAAGACCCGUUUCGGUGGGACGCGCACAACCGACUAGGGCCCGUAUCUCCACCGAACGUGGAGCCUCCCGGACGCCGGCAGUGGGAGGACCGGGAGCAGGAUCCCCCGGGCCGGAGUCCUCGCGAAAGGGAUCCCCUGGGCCGGACUAUUCGGGCGCAUUCCCCCGAGAGCCCAAAGCUGCCGUUCGGGUUCAGCGUUUCGCAGCACCUUCUGGGGGAUCGAGACGGGCCCUCUCCGGGCGGUUCAUACGUGCCCGGUUUGCGGGACCCCGGGCGAAAGGGCGGCGCCCGGGUGGCUGCCACGUGGCUGGAGACGACGUCAACCCGCCCGCCAAAGCUGCAGGUGCGCGGCAGCAAGGGUCAAACAGGGGAGUCGCCGAUAGAAACGGUUCAAAGUUCGCGCCCGUUCACGCGCGCACAGAAGAGACGGUCCUCUGAGGAGAAGCACCAAUCGGGGCACUUCGUGAGUUUGCUCGGGGAACUGAACCGGGGCGGUGAAGCACUCAUUGGAGAAGAAGACGAAGACCCGCUGAACGACUUGGCGGAAGUUGACACGAUAAUUCAAGAGCCCGGGGAUUCGCCCACCGGUGCCAUGGACUGGGUUGCGGCCGUGAGCCGGGAGAUCCUGGCGUCCUCGGAAGUGUUCUUCGAGAGCGCGCCUGCGGUCGGGACACAGAGUGGCGCGACGGACCAGCGGCCCGUCCCCGAGUUUCGUCCGUACCGCGAACUGGUGUCCGAAGUUGUUGACACGUGUCUCGGCGGCGGCGCCCCCGGACCCGGGGCGGUCGCCACGUGUAUCAAGAAGCAUACGCAGCUUCUGAAGGAAGUGGAAAAGGAAUACGGAAGGAGGGAAGCGGACCUAAAGGCGACGCACGAGAAGCAGGAUGCGCUGUACGGGGUAAAGGCGGAGGCGCGCGCGAGCAAGCAAUCACAGUUGGACGGUUUGCGCGUCUGCUUCGUCGUCAUCCAGCACACCGUGGCCAAGCAUCUCCGCGAAACCCUCGAGAUUCUGGUGGGCGUUGCCCGGCCGCCCGAGCCGGCCGCGGAGCGCGGCCGCGGCAAGCGCGAGCCCCGCGACUCAGGACCGCUCUCCACGCAGCACCGUGACCCGGCAGGAAGAGUGCUACGCAGCUCCCAGCAACCAACUGGGGCAAACCCGCUGUUAGGCUUGAGCAGGUUACCAAUUGAUGGGGAGCAGCCUUCGGGGCAAGAGAAACGGGUGAGCCGGAGGGUUACGCGGAACCCGUUGAGCUUAGGCGCGGAUGACUCAGAGGGAGAGGAAGCGGGCGCUCGGUUGGGGGGAAAAGGGGCCCGGCGAACAGUACCCGGGGGGAGCGGCAGAAGGAGCGCGCGCGCGGCGACGCGGAAGCGCGGCCGCGCGUCGAGCGACUCGGAUUACGAGCCGAGCGCGCACUCAGGUUCAGACAGCGCGCGCGAUUCGGACAUGCGCGCGUCGUCGUCGUCCGGAUCGGACGACGCGCCGAAGAAGGCGGGCGGCCGCAUGCAGGCGACACGUGUCAGGAAGCCAGGGGAAAAGGGGUUUUCGGGCGCGCGCGGGGAGCUGCCGCAGGCGGCCGCGGACGGGCUGAUGGCGUGGUUCGCGGAGCGGUGGCUGGAGCGGGGGGCCGUGGAAGCGCCAAAGGCAAACAAGCAGGAGAGAUGCCAGUUGGCGAGGAGAUUCGAAGUCACAGAGCGGCAGGUUGGAAACUGGCUGGUCAACGCGCGCGCCCGCGUCUGGAAACCAAUGAUGAAGGAGAUCCGCCAGGAGCUGAAUGCGAGCCCUAAGAAGCCGGACAAGAAGGACCCCUCCAAAGGCAAACGACGGAAGUAG